CCACUAGGGGACACGGACCGUCGCUGCACCAAUCCGUAGGCUCCAGAGGAGAUGGAUGAAUCCGCCAAUAUCAGUGAAUGCCUUUGUGUAGGGACAUUGUUCCCUGUCGCCAGGGCGACCGAUUAGGGAGGGCUGUCAAACCUUCACACCAUACACAGGGCAGACAUCGUUUAUUUCAAAUCCAACAAUGGCUGCCAACAAGAAUAUGUCCCCGUUACACGAUGAGUUUCCCCCGCGCGUCGACCUCCUCAAGUUGAUGGCGAAGAAUCCGCUUCCUCUUCUCUCCCCUGGAACGAUAGAUCCGGUUUUAAUGGCGGGUGAUAAGCCUACCAAGCAAGCUCAAGUUGUAUUGGAUAAUUUGAACACCGCGCUGGCCAGAAAUGACGUGGGGGCGCUGGAAGACUGCUUCUGGAAGGACCAGGCAUACUGGAAGGACCAGCUAGCACUAACGUACCACCUACGGACCUUCAAAACACCAGGCAUAAUUGCUGCCAGUCUGUUGGAGACUAACAAGCUGAGGGCCAUCAAGGGAGAUAUAACAGUCGACGGCGGGGCUGUAUUUUUCCCAGCGACGCCAGUUCUUCAAUUCAUUGACUGUGGAAUUGCCUUCCAAACUAGCUCGCCAGCCGCCAGUUGCAAAGGAAAGGUGGUACUCUUGCCGGUUAAGGGCGCCAACGAGACAAUCGAGUGGAAAAUCUGGGUUCUGAGCACCAUUCUCAAAGAGCUGGACCUGCAGAAAGAGAAUGAAACCUUACUUUAUUCUCCUGGAAGACAACUCGGUGAUAUUGACAGCUUUGAGACUGAAGUUUUCAUAAUUGGAGGCGGAAAUGCAGCCAUAACCUUCGCGGCACGCCUUAAAGCCCUAGGGGUUGAGAGUGUCAUGGCCGAGCGCAAUUCCCAGGCAGGGGACAGUUGGGCUCUCCGCUAUGACUCCAUGCGUUUCCAUGUCCCCACUUCGCUCUGCCACUUGCCCUAUAUGGACUAUGACAAGGUGUUCCUCACUCCCCACCGUCUCUCGAAAGACGAUCUGGCUUUUCAAGUACGACGAUAUGUCGAGUCUUUCAAUCUCAACAUGAUCACUUCGGCGCAGAUUCAAUGGACAGAGUACGAUCCAUCGACCAAGCGGUGGAUGGUCAAGUUCCAGACUCCUGCCGGUCAACGUACAGCAAUCUGUAAACACCUUGUCAUGGCCACAGGCAUUGGAUCCCAAAAAAUGAACAUGCCCUCAAUAGCAAAUGACCACCUGUACAAAGGUAUCAGCAUCCAUUCAGAGCAAUACAAGAAUGCCGAGCAACUGAAGGAGAAAGGAGCGAAGUCAGUGAUAAUCAUUGGCUCCGCCAAUACAGCUUUCGAUAUCCUCGAAGACUGCCACGCUGCGGGACUCCAAACAACAAUGAACGUUCGUUCUUCGACAUACGUGUUUCCAGUGGAGUACGUCGAUAACCCAGCCAGCCUAGGCGCCUAUGAUGCUGGCGUUGAACGCGCAGAUAAGCUUUUUAUGACACUCCCGUCAUUCAUAGACGCCCAGCUCGCCCGAAACUUGUUUGCGCAUUUUGCAUCACAGGAGCCAGACCGCUACAAAGCUCUGGCAGCAGUUGGAUUCCCCGUUCUGGACAGCAACAACCCAGAAUUUGUUUUGAUACAGAACCUGAUUGAGCGUGCUGGUGGACACUAUGUUGACAUGGGCGGUACCAAGCUGCUGGAAGAAGGCAAGGCUAGUGUCAAGGCUAAUGCUGAGCCUGUUGCAUACACGGCGACGGGGCUGCGGUUCUCGGAUGGCAGCCAUGUUGACGUGGAUGCUGUCAUAUGGUGUACGGGAUUUGCUGAUAAAAACGUGCGCGAUACUGCUGCUGAGAUCCUUGGCGGCUCUGCAAGUCAGGUCUCCAACGGUGCCCAGAACGGCAAGGAUGGCGUGGAUGGCAUGAACGGCGAGGCCAAUGGUAAGCAAAAGCUUGGUCCUCGCGAGAUUGCAGCUCGCAUUGACGCCACAUGGGGUGUCGAUUCUGAGGGCGAGAUCCGUGGCUUGUGGAAGAGGCAGUCAUGCCUUGAGGGCUUUUGGGUGAUGGGUGGCUAUACACAGCAACACCGGUGGCACUCACGCACGUUGGCGCUUCAAAUUAAAGCUACAUUGGAGGCUCAGCUGGAAGAGCGCAAGACUGUAAUUGUCCUGUUCUGCAAAGAACCUGUCAUCUUGAGGUCCCUGGUUCGAUCCCGGGUCAGGGGAUUUUUUUUAUUUCUUUCCAGGAUUCGUUUUUUUAUAAAAAUCUCUUGA